UGGGCCUGGAGAGCAUUAUCACCGGGGUUCAAGAUGCUGUUUGGUUGUUCCAGAAGGUCUUGAAUGAGAAAAUGUGUGAGGUAGAUGAAGUUACAUCAUCAACACUGAUUGAUGGCCUCUGUAAGGCAGGACACAUUGGUAAGGCUGUUAAGCUGCUUCACUUAUUUGAAGAGAAGGGAAACUGCAAGCCAAAUGUAUUUUCAUAUAGCACCAUUAUUGACUCCUUGUGUAAGGAUAAAAUGGUUGACGAUUGCUCUUCGCCUGUUAGAGAAGAUGAUGGAAAUGGGCCUUCCUCCUAAUGUUGUGACAUAUAAUUCACUUAUUGAUGGGCUCUGCAAACUCAGUCGGUGGGAAGCGGUCAAAGAGUUGCUCAAAAGAAUGACGGAUUACCGAGUUUCUCUGGAUGUUCAGACAUACACCAUUCUAGUGAAUGGGUUUUGCUGGGAAGGAUGGUUUGACAGUGCUGCAAAGCUCAUAGAUAUGAUGAUUAAAGAAGGUCUGGAACCUAAUGCAAUCACAUACAGUGCUUUGAUGGAUGGAUACUGCUUACAUGGAAAACUAAACAAUGCGUUGGAACUCCUACAGACCAUGAUAGAUCGGGGAUGUGACCCUGAUAUUUACACUUAUAACAUUUUAAUGAAUGGAUAUUGCAAGAGUGGGUGUUCAGAUCAAGCCGUACACUUAUUUGGAAAUUUACAAAGUCGAGGCUUAAAACCCGAUGUUGUUACCUACAACACUAUGUUGGCGUGUUUGUUUCACAAUGGGAAAUGUGAGGAUGCUGAGAAGCUUUAUAAGGAAAUGGUGAGAAAUCGAGAACAUCCAAAUCUCUUCACCUACAAUAUUCUUCUAGAUGGAUUCUGUAAGAAUCAUCGUGUUCCACAAGCGCUCUUUAUUGAGAAUGAUGGAAGCUCGUAGUCCUACCCCAAAUAUAGUCAGCUAUACUAGUGUCAUUAUUGGACUAUGGAAUGAUGGGAACGCAUGGAGUGCAAUGGAACUAUUUAAUGCCCUUCCCUCUAGAGGAAUUCUGCCCGAUGAAUUUACCUACAGUAGUAUGAUAAGUGGACUUUGCCGAGAAGGCUCUCUAGAGGACGCUAGAGAUAUGCUCAAGAAAAUGGAGAAAAACGGUUACAUGGCUGAUAGUGUGGCAUACAAUAUAUUCAUCCGUGGGUUACUGAAAAAGAAUGAGUAUUGUGAAGCUGUAUUACAUUUGGAAGAGAUGUCAAGUCUCGGACUCACACCCGACAUUAGCACCUGUGAGAUUGUACUGAAGAUUAUCUUGGAAAAGGGACCGGAUUCCACUCUGCUUCAUAUGCUCCUGAAUAUAAAGGGAAAUUGUGAAAAUAUUAGUUCUUAAAAUUAGUUAUUCUAAUUUAGCUUACUGUUACCAAAAACUAUUAGUCUUAAUGUACAUUUCGAUACAUCCAUCUUGUUUGACAAAAGUUAUCAACAAACAGGCACAUUUAUGGUGGAAUGUAGUUACGCUAUGAAUGCUAUCGGACUGGUAUACAUGUGCACGAUUAACUUAACUACUUUGAGUUCAUAUGGAUUUCACAUAUGAUGUAAUUAUAAUGCAUAACUUAUUGUGGAGAUUGUUGUGAAAGUGACUUUUCUUUUGUUUUUUUAGGGGGAUUGGACUUGGGGCACGGUAUGCCUAUCUUUUACUUUUUACGUUCAUGAAAGAGACAGCUUUUAUAGUGCAAAACAUCUCUGAAAUGUGUAUUGAUCACUAACAUCUCUGCAACAUCUUCGUCUGAUGGAUUUGCAAUGGCUUGGAGUUGCUGUGAGCAUAUAUUGGCACUAAAAGCGUAAUAUCUUUACGCCCUUUAAUUUAAUCAUGAAGCGCAUUCUUUUGUUUGAGGAUGAAAGAUCUUGAUCAUCACUGUACUCUUAGCAAUUUCUGUUGACCGUCGGAUUCCGUUUCCUUAAACUGCACCAAGCAUCAUUAUGUAACCACCCCCAUCUUUGUACAUAUAUUAGUCAAUAUUCUCUAAUCACCACCUAAUUAGAAUAUGUUGGGUUUCAUCUUCUCAGAAAGUAUUUAUGAG